AGUGAUCUGUUUGUGUUCGGAGCGCAUAUGGACGCGUAUGUGUGACUUGGCGGUUCUCACUUGGUGUGUCGUGUUGCUCGAUGCUUGAAAUAGCAUCACUGCUGGUGAUUGAAGAGCGGAUUAGUCGGCACAUUAGUUGACAGUUCUAAAUAUUUAUUCUAAUUAUUUGCUUGAAUAGCUGUCGAAAAAAAAAAAAAAUCAUUUUUGCUUAAAUAUAUAACGCUUAUUGUUACACUUGUCUAAAUGUGAUAAAACGACGAUCUCUGAUGCGAGACUUAGCGAUUGAAAGUAGGAAUUGAUAGGAAUAUAGAGACGUUCUUGACACGUGUAUUUUCUCAAUCCAAACUUGUUGAUAUUCGCAUUUGAGAAUGGAUCCGAAGAACCUGAAGAGGCCGAUUUCUUAUCUAACGCGGAAACAACAAAUAUCGUGCUGUCAUCGCUUGAAUAGUCCGUUCCUGAGUAAAGAGGAAAAUGCACUGAUCUAUGGAAAAUGCAAUAACGUUUGGGGACACGGACACAAUUACACGGUCGAAGUAACUGUUCGAGGUCCUGUACAUCCGUUAACGGGUAUGGUAAUGGAUUUGAAUGAUUUGAAAAACUACAUUCGAAAGGUUGUAAUGGAUCAAAUGGAUCAUAAAAAUAUUGAUAAACAGGUAGAUUAUUUUAAAAAUACGAUAUCGACAACCGAGAAUCUCGCUAUUUAUAUAUUUGAAGAACUAAAGAGACAAAUGGCUAAUCCAGAACUUUUGUACGAGGUUAAGAUUCAUGAAACUGAUAAAAAUGUUAUGACUUUCAGGGGAGAAUACGAUUAAAAUUUGUGUCGCAUUUGUUUAAUCGGGUCUACAAUUAUACAGAUUUGAAUUUGUAUAUUUGUCUAUUAAUUUAUAUAUAUAUAUAUAUAUUAAUACACUUGUAUAGUUAAACAUAUUUUAGAUGCGCGCAAACCAUAUUUUGCAGCUUACAGCCUUUAACAUUCCGAUCUUAUUGUAAUUUUAUUCGAUUGUAAUACGUUACAUUACAGUUACAAUAAAUUAAAAAUUAUUUAUUCGUAA